AUGUCGACGCAGCCUGUCGAGUACGUGUAUGCGCUCUACAACUUUGAUGCGGAGAAUCCAGAUGAAGUGAGUUUCCGUGUCGGUGAGCGGGUACUGGUAGUUGAGAAGGACGACGCAUAUGGUGAUGGUUGGUUCCAAGGGACGAAUGAGCGUGGCGAGACCGGCCUUUUUCCGUUCUCGUACACGACGUACGACGAGUCUGCCGCCAUGACUAUGCUGAAUGGGGCUAUGUCGCGCCGUUAUCAGCACUCGCCGCACAUCGGCUCCCCAACGAUGGGAAUGGCCCAGUUGCAGCAACCAGAGCAACAAGAGCCAUUGUCAUCGACGGCUUCGCCCGUCACGCAUGCCUCGGGCCCCGCUACGUCCGGCAUGGCAACUAACUCGCAUGCUGUCCCUGAUGAACGUGGUGUCAUGCACUCGACAAUGAACGACAUCGAGAACGCGCUCUCGGAGCUGCAUACUACGCAACCACCCCAGCAAAUGCAGCCACAGUCACAGGACCAGCCUUCCCUUCGCAACAUUUCAUCGCCCUCGCAACAGCUGCCGUCUGAUAUGGAUGAUCCGAUUGAGCGCGAUUUCCAGGCGCGCGCUGCAGCGCGCGCCGAGCUUGCGAGGAAUGCGCAGAAGAGCCUGCAGUCUCAAGAGCCGCCGUGGGACACGCCAUCUGGCGUCGGUGAGCCAGGCAGUAUUUCCAAUGCGAGGCAGAUGCAAUCGUCGUCGCAGCAGGGAGUGGUGCCUUUGGCCAUGCUGGAGAUGAGCGAUGAUAGUGAGCUGGAUGACGACGAGGACGUGGCCUCUGUCGGUCCCUCUGCUGAUCCCAAUGACAAUCGCAUGAACCCAUUGUAUUCACAAUUGCCAGCAAACCAACAGCGUGGCAUGACACCCACGUCACCACCACUUUCUUCUCUGUCGCUGCCUCAACAGCAGCAGCAGCAGCAGCAACAGCAGCAACAGUCCCCUGCUGGAUUAUAUGCUGGUGGUGGCAUUCGCAGUCCAAGCGCAUCGCAGCCGUCUCACUCUGUCCAGUCGUCGCACCAGGAGGCUAUCUCCUCGCAACCGCCCAAUCAAGGCACCGAUGUCGCCAAGCACACAUACUCUCAGUCUGUGUCGGCCUCAUAUGUGCCACCACGCGAUCCCGUGCUUCCCGUCUCUGAGCCACAGGUGCCAAACCGCAUGCCUGACGUCUCAGCUGCACAGGAACCGGCGGAUGAACCGGCUGCAGAGGCGACGUCCGACCCACUCUCGUGGUCCAUCGACGAUGUGGUGGACUGGGCCAUAUCAAAGGGCUUUGACGAUCAAAUCACGAACAAGCUCCGCGAGCAUGAGGUAAACGGUGUAACGCUUUUGUCCCUGGACAUUCACACGUUGCGGGAAAUUGACAUCAUCGCUUACGGUCGUCGUUUCAGGGUCGCUAAUUGCAUUGAUGAGCUGCGUCAUGGAACACCAAUGUCGCCAUCCGCCACGUCCCCUCGCGAUGCUUCUUCGCGCAUGCCCUACAACACGUCGACGAUGCCUCGUUCCGUGUCCGCGACAGCAGCACCGCUUUCGCCUAUGUCGCCUCGUCCCAGUGGCACAGAGUUGCCUCUUUCCCCUGUGCACCGGGACCAUCAACAUGCGCCUGUGUCACCGGGGAUCAGGAGCCCUUCGCAACUGCAGCAGCAGCAGCAGCAGCAGCAACCAAUGCCGUAUUCGCAGUCAACGCCCAAAUUGCAAGACCCGCACGCGUUGGCACCUGCGACAGAACGUGCACCUUCGUCGCUGGGCCCCCCGAUCCAAGAGGCCACUCCUGGUUUCUCGAGCUCUGGUGCACAAAGUGGCGAUGGCUCUAUGAACCAAGCUGCGCCUCCCGUGGGUUUGUCGCCAUCGAUCGCUGGUAAUGCAGUGACCAACCCUCGUAGUGCAAGCCCGGCCUUGAACAUGUCAGCGCCGCAAUCCGCUCAAUCGCCAGGUGCUACUGCAUUCGCUGCGCCUGUGCCCGAGUCUGCGCGUGCUUCUGCACCUGGCUUUGGUAUGCCUCGCUCGGCUUCUACACGCACGAAUAACGUGCCAAGCCAGCCACUACCUCAGUCCAGUCCGAUGGGCUACAUGCAAUCCCAUGGCAACCCACUGCCAUCCUUCGGGUCCGGCGAGGGUAUGAAUCUGAACCAGCGUGGCCCGUCGCCCAUUCCAUCCGCGUCAGUUGCACCCAACUCCGCUCCCAUGGAGCAGCAGGAUCUCUUAUGGCAGCAAAACCGUCAGCGCAUGGAGAACGCGCCACCUACGAUGGUCCCAGGAGGCCCACAAGAGCAAGCAGGAAUGACCAACAAGGUCGUGACGCCCAUGCCAGCGACGCCGCCAGUCGUGCCCCCGGCGGCGCCAUCGGCGGCACCCGUGGGUGUGCCUAGAGACAUGGCCCCCGAACCCGUGUCUGCAACAGGAAUGCCUGGUAUGCCCAGUACGAUGCCAAGCCAAAGCCCGCUGCCGACAAUCACCCCGGGCUCUGGCAUCCCCGGUGGCCAGCCGCCGAGCAUGGGUGCGCCGUGGGGAUCACAGCCUAGUGCGGUAAUGCCUUCAGGGCCGGGUACGCCUAGCCGAAGUGGUCCUGGCCCGAAUGUGCCCCCAAUGUCAAUGCAGCAACAGGGCACUCCAACGCUAGCCACACCCCGAACUAUGCCGCCAACAGGCACGCCCGUCGGCAAGCCAGGCUUUAUGAACACAAUUAACAGCUAUGGGCCAAGCGGACCACCACGCACCGCCUUGCAAAGCAAUCCGGCUAUGGGCACAGCAGCAACAACAGCGCUGUCGAUGCUACCAUACACGAAGGGCGGACAUCGACCGCAAGGCUUGCUGACAGGCACAGAGAACCAUCGCGCUGGCGAGGCGGGAGGUGGUCGCCCAACGGAGCGACAAACGGUUCUGAACCGUCUUGGUCAAAUCGAUCGGCAAGGCUGGAUCAAGAAGCGCGGGGACCGCUACAACAGGUGGAACAGCCGGUAUCUGGUACUGCAUGGAAUGGACCUCAUUGUGCUGCGCGAUCCUAGUGCAGACAAGGUCAAGAACCUGAUUCCCUUGCAUGGCUACAAGGUGGUGUCGGACGAAUCUGCUGGAAGCGGCUUCAGUUUCAAGAUUGUGCAUGACACGGAACGGACGCACCACUUCAGCCUCGACGACGAGGUCGCUCUACGUGGCUGGAUGAAGGCCAUUAUGAAGGCGACCAUCGGCCGCGACCUCUCUCAACCUGUGAUUUCUUCCUACAGCAACAUGACUAUGACACUGGAAGAGGCACAGCGCCUCCGUCCGCGUCCACCAAGUCCCACCAGCCGCAUGCGUGUGCAGCUGGAGAAUGCCCGCUUCAACCCGGGCCAGCUGACGUCCAAGGAUGCCAUGGUGCUGACGUCACUCGACAAGGGUGCCAACUAA